AUGCCUAUUUUCUUUGCGCUUGACGCUAAAAUUGCUGAUGAUGUAACGCCAACUUCCGUUCUUGGACUAGUUAAACUUUCUGAAGUUGAAACCGUCGGGCAAAUGGUCGACAAUUUUACAGCAAUUGAAGAAAAGAAUCUAUGGAGAGCUAUCGUUUCUGUGCAAACGCUUCGACGCUAUCCAUUUCCAAAGGGCCUCAAUGUCCUUUCCGUUGACCACUGUUCCGGCAGAAAUUCGAAGUUCCAUUCUUCAAUCGAUUCGUCCCAAGGAAUUCCUGAAAUUGAUUCGGCCAAUCGGCAGAUUCGACAUCAUUCCCUAUCAAAUGGACCAUUUCCGAAAAAGCUCAACCUUAGCGAGUCGCCCAUAGCGAUGGCAAUACAAGAAUUCGAAGAAAAUAAAGAAAUCGGCCGGGGAGCAUUCGGCUUUGUUCAACUCAUCGACAAACGACCACCAAUAGCAGCGAAAUGGAUUUUGAGGAGCACGGAAGGCCCAAUGCCAGAGAUAUCGCCAAAAAGUGAUCUCUACGCUGUUGGAUUGAUUCUUUGGGAGAUCGUGGAAAGAGAAAAAGUAUUCCGAGAGUAUACAACCGACUAUGAAUUUUUCAUGGCAAUGUAUCUGGAAGUGGUAAAACUCGGGCUACCAAGCUGUGACGUGGAAUUGCGGGAUAUUAUUAUGAGUUGCGCUGAGUUCGAUGCACAGAAGCGACCGUCUAUUCAGGAUCUCUAUUCAAGGGUUGUUCAGCUUAACGAGAGGUAUCACGGUGGUGACAUUGAUCCUGAAAUCAGAAAAGACGAGACGAAGCUUUUGAGGCCGUUUGGGGGAAAAGGUGACUAUCCACCUGACUCUAGAGAACCAAGAGAUUCGGGCAAUUCGACGGAUUCGGAGAAAACUGUGACUCCUAACAAAUUUCUAAAAAUAACUCCAUACAAACGAAUCGAUACACCGAUUCCUGGGCGGGUGAAUGUUGCCGGUCAACAUCAAGUGCUCAAAAUUGUGAAAGAGAUCGAAAAUAAGAUACAUAAGCCAGUUGUGGUCAAUUCGGUGGUCACCUGGGACAAGUACAUCAAUCAUUUGACCAACUCGUGCAAUUACAUUCAACGAGCCGCUAUUCUUGGUUACCCCUCUGGAGAAGUGUGGGCGCGAACUAGGGAAGAGAAUCUCUUCAAGGCGACCAAGGCAGAAUUGAAAGCAUUGCUCUCGGGAUUCAGCGAUUCAGCCGAAUUGACUACGCGCGGAGUUGAUUUAGAGAAAGUUCACUACCUUGUAAUCCGUGCCAACAAUGAAAUGAUUUUCGGGAGAACUCGAUUCAGCGGCUUCUUAUUAUUAAAGACACGGACGGUGGCGUUGGUGGCUGUCUACGAGGCAAGAGACUGGAGAGAUACAGACAUUUUGGUGUAUGGCGUCCUCGAGCGGCUGACUCGCCACCUCGAUACUGCUGGAUAU